AUGCUCAAGUUUGUCCUUUUUGGCGACUCCAUCACUCAAUUCAGCAACCAGAUUGGCGAUGAUUUUGCAUUGCAACCGGCGCUUCAAAAUAUGCUCAUUCGAAAAUUCGACGUUUUGAAUCGGGGCUACUCGGGAUACAAUUCGGAGCACGCUCGUCUCAUUUUGCCAAAGAUCUUGCAAGAGGAAGGGAAAGAAAGUCGUGAGAAUGGCAUCACGUUGAUGACGAUCUUUUUUGGAACCAACGACGCGUUCACUCAUAAUGAGCUUCAGCCCGUGGCAAUUGACCGGUACAGGGAAAACAUCGGCUAUCUAGUGACUUUGGCUCAAAAGAAUGGCAUCACUCCUGUCGUCAUUGGUCCCGGGCUACAUGACUCUGAGCUCGUGAAACAGAGUGCAAUGGUGAAUAGUGGCGACUUGGCAGAACCAUGGACCACGAACAAGAGAAACCACGAAUACUCUGAAGCUGCAAAACUGGUGGCCAAGCAGCAUGGCGUGGCGUUCAUUGACUUGUGGAAUAGGUUUCGAGAAGAAGGUGGCUGGUCUGAACAGCAGUUGCUCAGCGGGGCCAGUGUACUGGGGAUGGACGCGUUUCUCAACGACGGGGUGCAUUACACCAGCAGGGCCUACCGGAUCCUCUUUGAUGAGAUUGUAAAAGCCAUUGAGCAUGAGACUGCGAGCGUGCCUACAAGAUUGGCUGACUGGAAGGAAAUCGAUCCCAAAAAUAUAAAUUCAAUCUUCAACUAA